UGAGAAAAUGCGUGGUGAAAAUGGCAUUAUAAAUGAAGUUGAAAGUAUGCAUUUAGACGCACAAGCAUUUCCAUUUUCUUCAACCUUGCCACAAAAAUGGAUGCUGAAACGUUGGUAGUAGCACAAACCAACAGAGAAGUUGUUCUUCCUUUUAUAUCCAAAACAGUGAUCCCAGAAAGAGGGAAUGAAGCUGAAGACGGAAAACAUGAAGUUGAGGAAUCUGCUAAGCUAUAUUUGAACCCUUCUAAUUCUUCUAUUUACAUGAAAAAUGGACCAGCAAUUGGCAUAGCCAUGUCUCCUACAGAAGAAGUUCGUGAAAUAUAUUUGAAAAACAUGUUCGUGAUGCCACCAAACCAUGAAUUCUACUGCCCCAGUUGUGAAGUUUGCAUCAGCAAGGUCUUGCUUUGCACUACACAACCAGCUAUAGCUCCUUCAGUCACAUAUCCUUCAGCUACAGUUCCUCCAGUACAGGUUCCUCCUCCUACAGUUCCUCCGGUUACACCUACUGUUCCUCCAGUUGGAGUGCCAGUUACAGUUCCUCCAGUUACGCCUACUGUUCCUCCAGUUGGAGUGCCAGUUACAGUUCCUACAAUUCCUCCAAGUACAGUGUCUCAUGAAGAUGAAAGCGACGUUGAAUGUCUGGUACGAUGCUCAGAAUGUUUCACGUUACUCAUUCAGAAAGGCAAAGAUUUCUUCACUGGGUUGGUAUCACGAGCUCCUGGAGACAGAACCUCUGGAGAUAUAGCAAUUAAUGUAAGAGAUCCAUCUAAUACAGUUCCACAAGCUAUCAUCACAGAAGGGAGUAAUAAGGGUUGGGAAAUUCUUAAAAGCAUAGUCUAUGGUGGUUUGGCUGAAUUAUUAGCAAGCCUCAGUGUUGUAACAUCUGCAGCAAGUGCUGAUGCUGCCACAGUGAGUGUUGUUGCUCUGGGUAUUGCAAAUCUGAUUGGUGGACUUACAGUGUUGACUCAUAAUCUAAGGGACUUGAAAGCUUCAAAACCAAGAGAAGAGGGAAGUGAAACAAAUGAAGCAGAAGUUGAUAAGUAUUAUGAACAACUGGGAAGGAGGGAGAAUUUCUAUCUGCAUGCAUUUUUUGCCAUCUUAUCAUUCCUUAUAUUUGGGUUAGUGCCCCCAAUAGUGUAUGGCUUCUCAUUUGGUGAGAGUGAUGACAAGGAUCUGAAGCUUGCAGCAGUUGCAGGAGCUUCUCUGAUUUGCAUCACAUUCCUUGCCAUUGCCAAAGCUCAUACCCAAAGAACCAAUAACACUUUCAUGACAUACUUCAAAACUGUGACAUUUUAUGUUACUUCUGGAGUAUUGGCUUCACUACUUACUUAUGUGGCUGGAGCCCAGAUCAAGAAACUGGUAGAGCAGCUUGGAUGGUUUCAACCAAAACCAAACUUUGCUUUGCCUCUUCCUCACAUCACUGUUGAGAAUUCUGGAUGGGGUUCAUACUGAAAAGUUUUCAUGCAUUUUUUUGGUAAAAGAAGAGAUGAUAGUGUUUUCAUACUAUCAUGGGAAGUAAUUUGUACUGUUGGACAGUGUAUGCAAUUUCAACCUUUCAAGCUUUCAUCAUUGAAUACUGAUGCUAGUCAAGUUUAUAAAUAGGUGCUUGUUCUUCUUUGUUUUUCUAAUAUUUGGAUCGUUUUGAGGGCAUUUUUCACUGUUUAA